UGACAUUUCAAGAGACCAUUUUUGUCGAUGGUUGAAUUUCGUAAACCAAACGUAGUAUUCUAGAAGUUGCAGACAGUUUUUCUCAGGUUAUAUUUUGGAAAAUGCCAGACGAUCAUCAUCAUAAUGAGGGUGGAUGUGUCCACGAGUCCGCCGAUUCGGAUUAUUUGAAGGAGAUUGGCAUUCAAUACAGUUUAUACACGAAAAUUGACAUGGAAAACUUGGAAUGUCUAAAUGAAAGUACCGAUGGAUCUGGCAAAUUAGUUUUCAAAUCGUAUGAAAAUCGGCUGAACUUUGAUAAGUUUGUUGAAAGUGAUGCCGAUGAAGAGCUUCUAUUCAACAUACCAUUCACCGGCAACAUCAAAAUCAAAGGACUUACUAUUAUUGGUGCCAAUGACAAUUCACACCCGAAGAAAGUGAGACUGUUCAAAAAUCGACCAAAGAUGUCAUUUGAUGAUGCAUCCUCGAAAGCUGAUGAAGAGUUCGAUCUCACACACAAUCCAACCGGCGAACUAGAAUACCCAAUCAAGCCCGUUCAAUUUUCAUCAGUACAUCAUUUGACUCUGCACUUCCCAUCGAAUUUCGGCGAAGACAAAACUCGCAUCUACUAUAUUGGUCUUCGUGGUGAAUUCUCUCCAGCUCAUUAUCACGGUGUUACAAUUUGCAAUUAUGAAUCUGCACCAAAUGUAUCCGAUCACAAAAACAAUGUAUUCGACUCGGUUACCCAUCGAAUUCAAUAGAAUCGAUUCAAUUUAGCAGAAUAAACGAGCCAUUUUUUUUUUCAUUGUAAAAUGUUUCAUGUUUUCUCACUAAUUUUAUUUUCACUUUUAAAAAAUACAGUAUAGCAAUUGGUUACACAUAUGAUAUCAGUUUCAUCGCAGGUCAAAUACAGCAUAGUUUAGAUGUAUAAUUUAAAUUCUAAUGAUAAAAUUUUUAUUCAAAUGUCUAAUGUUAAUAUGAUAGUCGCUAAAGUUUUUUUUUCUUCUUUCUUGUUGUUGUUGUUGUUGUGUUAUUGCGGUGAAUUAACAAUUAUGGGGUUUGAGUCACUUAAACACGUACGAGCGUAUGAAAAACCAAAUCUACAGACUUAUUUCUUUGGCGGUUCAAUCAUAAAUUGCACAGGAAGUGCACGUGGUGUGACGAUUUCAUCGUCAUCUUCCUCCUCGUCGUCGGCAUCAUCGAUAUCGUGAUCAAAGUCACUUUCGUCAAUGUUUCCACCUCGUUCAUUCAACACGAAAAUGUCUUUGCCUUGUUCAGCGGAUUGAGUCACGGCCGGAACUGGUUCGAUGUCGGCAUCUGGGCUUGUAGUCAACUUGAAUGUGGUUGGAAGGGCGGUUGAUGUUGGCAAAUCGGAUGCUUUUACCAUUUUAUCAAAUACCUCGGGGUAGAGGAGGUCAUCAAUGUAAUACAUGGUGCCCAAGUUGUACACAAAUACUUCUGAUUCCACGAUGUGAGCAUGAUUCACAGUCACAUUACCUGGGGAAAUAGAAUAAAUUAGUACGUACUUUGUUUCGGAAAUUAUUCUAACAAGUGAUUCAUCAAUAUUUUCGCUUCAUUUUUAAAAUCCAUUCAAAAUCGAUUUCUACCUGCAAGUCGUUGGAUUUUCAAGCCAGUUCCGCCAAUCGAUUCGAAUACUUCAUCGUGUUUCAAGUUUCGAUCAUAGAGUCGCCCUUUGAUAAAGUGAUUCAAAAGGAAUUUAAUCGCUGUUUCCGAUGACAUAUCAUCCUCAGUCAAUCGACCCAAACCGUACUUGUUGAAUGCAUCGUCAAUUGGAACGAAGAAUGUAUAGUUUGCACCAGGUACAUACUGAGCGAUUUCAGCAUUGUUUAAAAAUCUGCGAAAUAGCGAAAUAUUUUUUGAUUGGACUCGAAAGAAAAUUGUAAAAAUAAUAAAGAGACUAAGGACAAAAAAGAGAAACAGAACAUUUUUCAAGGAAUUACUCACUUCGUAACAAAGGUGAAACGUGGAUCUCUUUCCAAUGCCAAGAAUGAGUGAGACAAAAACUGAGCUCCGAACCAUGGGAAGGCCAACAGUGGCGGAGUUUCUUUGUCUUUGUGCAUCUAAAAGCGUGAAAAACAUAAACAUGAGAUUUAUAACGAAAUUUACAAGAGAAAAAUCCAGAAAAACGAGUUUAGAAUAUAUUCAGAAAAGGAGCGACAAAUAAGAAUGAUAAAAAGGUUAAAACAAAAAGAGUAUAUAUACUUGAUGUAAUCGUGAUACAACCGCUUCGGAUACAAAGAGAACUUCGGAAAUCAACAGCACUUGCGAUCCGUCUGGAAGUGUGUAAUCGGCCGUAAUUGUUACGUUGUUAACCGUUGGAGCUGUAAUCAUAUUUUUUCAAAAAAAAAUAAAUCAAAAUUCAAUUAAA